CUGACGCUCCUGCCAAUUUACGUUUUCCUCGCCACAACCCCGGUACUUUCCAAAGAGCCAGUCGUUACCCUGCGUAUUUGCCGUGCGUUUGUUACCCCCUGCCAGCAGGAAGUAAACCUGCCCGUCGGCGGGGAAGCAACCUUGGCCCUCCAUUUAGAUCCCCCUGAUGACCUCGACCCCACACUACCCUUGUCUCUGGUUGCCUGGUACCUAAAGGUGCUCUUUCUUGGCGACGAAGCCGUCGAAAUUUCAACCCUCCGCUCAGCAGGCAGGCCUUUCCAGGAACAGGGUUCCCCUGACUUGGUCCUUAAUGGUGUUAGGUCCCUCCAGGAACCACCGCCUCAAUCGGCCAUCAAUACUAUGGGCUAUUACCGCAUAAGUAACGGUUACGAGCAUGAGGCAGCAACGGCAGAAUACGGGAUUACGUUGGUAGCCCUCGCUCCAGGCGAACAAGCCGAGGCAGGUAUCCGAUUACCGGAUGAAGACAGCGUAUUAAUUGGCAGCAUUAACUUGAAAGGCGCCAGUGCAGGUACCACUCAACUGUUGGCCGAGGACUCUGCCACCUAUUCCCCUCAGGUUGUGAUCAUGGAUGCCUCGAGUGGUUUGAGCCAGUCCGACUUGGAAGUAAAUGGUCCCCUGGCAGUGAUAAAUGUGGGACCCACGGCAGAGAAAUCCCGCCUGCAAGGCCACGUAUGGUCCGACCUGCCGACUGGCGAGGACUCCUUUCAUCCGUUCACUGGAACCUUCGACGUUCAAUUCUGGCAGCCUGGUACCGUUCCGGUCUGGCUGGGAGGAACUGGCCAUCCCACGGCAACCUUCACCAACUUGACCGGGGACAGCGAAGGCAACUACCACGUGCCUGACCUUUCUCCUCAAAUGCUUCCCGCUGGAAGUUACGAUCUGCGCGCCAGGGGAGCGGGAACCCUUUCUAUUCUGGAACAGGACGUGCAUGUUGAUACCUCAGGAAGCAGCGGACAGCCUUUGCCCAUAAUUGUAAUUAUCGACUUGGGGCCACUGCCGUCCGGGGAACUGACUGGCGACAACAGGGUAAAUGAAGUCGACUUGUCCUUUCUCAGAUCGAACUUCGGAAGCCUGGUAAGUCGCGGCGAGGCAGGGGCAACAGGAGACGUCAAUAAUGACGGGGUAGUGGACGGCCAGGACUUUUCCUUAGUCGCUGCCAACUUCGGGAGGCAAGGGGAGUAA